CUGUGGUCGAUUCUUGAUUAGUUAAUUAACCUUUUUUUUACAGAAACAUCUGGUAAAUGAAAUUUUCGUAUUUCUAAAUGGAAAAUAACAGAAAUCAUACCCCUAUCAUGGAUGAUACUCAGCAGAUUUUAUUAGCUCUAAUAAUCGUGUUCAUUUCAAUAGUAAUUUACAUUAUAUACAAGCGCAGCAAAACCACUCGAAGAAGUAUACUAUUAACAGGAAUAUGCGAUAGUGGAAAAACCGUAUUACACUCUCUAUUAAUACAUCAAAAAGAUGUUCAAUCCUUCACUUCCAUCAAAGCGAAUAUUGGAGAAUAUGUUUCCAAUAAAGGGUCCUUGAAAAUCGUCGAUAUUCCUGGUCAUGAGAGACUCAGAUAUAAAUAUAUAGAUGAACACAAGAAUUCUACAAAAGGAAUCGUUUUUGUGGUUGAUUCCCUAGCAAUUCAAGAUGAAUUGAAAGAUGCUGCUGAGUAUCUCUACAAUAUUUUGUGUGAUGAUGUAUUGAGGAAGAAUAAAGUUAAUAUUCUCAUUUUAUGUAAUAAACAAGAUCAUACCUUGGCUAAAGAGUGCACUGCCAUCAAAGCAAUGUUUGAAAAAGAAUUGAACACUCUUCAAAAUACUAAAUCUCUACAAGUAGAGAAUCUGGAUCCUAACUCAAAGAAAUUGAGUUUGGGUGAUGGCAGUAAGGAUUUCAGUUUCCACAAUUUUAUAUUAAAUGUGGAAUUUGCUGGAUCGAUUGCACAUCAUUCGAAAAAUGGGAAAAAUGAUAUUGACAAUUUGGAGAAAUGGUUGGCAAAACUUUCUUAAGAAGCUCUUUUUGAUAAUUCAUAUUUAUUUAAUUAUUUUUUGAUAAUAAACUUGAAACUUUUCAAAUAAAAUGUCCACAAUUAUUAUCAACGAA